AUGGCAAAACGAUUUACAAAGACUGCUAUAAAUUGGGCUGAGCUUGAAAAGCGGGUACCUAUACAGGAAAAGGCAAAAUAUUUGGUUUUUAAAGCAAAAACAGAAAUGUAUUUGCAACGAAUCCAAGCAAAUCCACCAGAACCACCAAAAAUUAAUUGGAAUGAAUAUCAAAAAAUAGUACCAGUGGACGGUCUGGUCGAAAAAUUCAAAUCUGCUUAUGCCGCAGUACAGGUGCCUUAUCCUGAAGAUACUUUAUCUAUAAAAGUAGACGAGCAGUGGAAAGGACUAGAGCCUAAAAUAAAGAAAUUUUGUGAGGAGAAACAAAAAGAUAUUGAUGCGGCUCAGAAAGAAUUGGAUAAAAUUAAAGCAUUGCCGAAAUUUGAGGACCUUACGUUAGAAAUGUACUAUGAUAUGUUUCCACAACAAGCAUUUGAUCCGGUUAAUCGACCAACAUUUUGGCCACAUACACCUGAAGAACAGCCUGGAUACAAGACACCUGAACAAAAGGCUAUGAGAGAAGGAAAACAU